AUGCGAGCGAGACGCACCCAGCACCAAGACGUCCCUCAGAUAUCCCUUCCAAAGCGCCGAUCGCUCCAAACCAUCAAGCCGUCCGUAGAUGAUGAGGGCGACAGCCAACCACUAACCAGCCACAACAGCACCAUGAUCCCAAGUGAUAGCAAGGGCAACGACGACGACCGUGAUAGCAACCUCGAGCUUACUCGCGCUGAGGCCGCAUUGGAAGCGGCGCAAUGUGAUGAGUUCGAGUUGGCAUUUCGCCUCUGUAUAGUCGAAGACGACUUGGAGUUACUACGACGUACAAUGACGAUCGUCGGGACUCCUUGCAUGGCGACACUAUCAAACGUGGCGCGCAAUGCGUUGUGCACUGCGUUCUUAUCGCUCCUAGAUGGCGAUACUCGCGAGGGCGCCGAAGACUCAUCCGAUGUAUGGCUGGCAUUGCAGUGGCUGCAGCAUUGGGCAGCAGACGUCAAACAAAGCGAUCGACGGCAGUUCGACCAACUCGAUGCUCGGGUAGCGCAGGCGCUACUUGCAAAGCUCCACGAGAUGUCUACAUUAUCGUCGAAGUCGGCGCUCGCAGCAGCGCACGUGCUGUUUCUGCUCGGCGAAUGA